AUGGCAGAGGAGAAGCUUCAGGAUGCUGCAGAAGAGCCAUUCCAGCCAAGGCAUCUGCAGGUUUAUGCUGUGCUAAUUCUCAUUAGACCAAGCUCCAAGACGUACUCGCAGAGUGGCAGACACUCGGUAUCGGUAGAGGUUCAAAUGCAACGGCAGCGACAAGAAGAAAGAGAGAGUUUCCAGCAAGCUCAGCGCCAGUACAGCUCAUUACCCAGGCAAAGCAGAAAAAAUGCCAGUUCUGUUUCUCAAGACUCCUGGGAGCAGAGCUAUUCCCCAGGUGAAGGGUUCCAGACUGCAAAGGAUAAUCCCAGAUAUUCCAGCUACCAGGGAUCAAGAAACGGCUACAUGGGGGGACAUGGCUUCAAUGCCAGGGUGAUGCUAGAAACACAAGAACUGCUCCGUCAAGAGCAGAGACGGAAAGAACAACAACUGAAAAAAAAAACUUCUUCUGAAGGGCCUAGCAAUUAUGACUCGUAUAAGAAAAUUCAGGACCCUAAUUAUACCCCACCUAAAGGUCCUUUCAGGCAAGAUGUGCCACCUUCACCAUCUCAGGUCGCCAGGCUGAACAGAUUACAAACACCAGAAAAAGGAAGACCAUUUUAUUCUUGAGGUGAAGAAAAUGAAGAAACUCAUCAUGCAAUAAGGAACAUUUUCAUAUAAAGACUUAUAUUUUGAAAACUUUUUAAACUGAUGGUACUAAGGAAUAUAUCUAUUGUCUGUUUCAGUGCCUUUAACAAUACGGGCAAAGAGUUGGUGGGCCUUAUGUCUUUGCUGUUCUGUCUCAAGUGUUGACUUCAUGGAAGGAUUUUCCACCCUUUGACAAUCAUAGCAGAAGUGAGCAACGCCACCCCUGCUUACCAAGUCCCGUAGCCCAGUCCAGAGUGGUCGAUGGCUUAUUACUAGGAUUUGUUGUAAUAUGUUUUACUUUCCAUUGAGUUAUUUACACCAACAUGCAGCUUUGUGGCAUAAUUAAUGAAUUUGAAGUUGAAGAAAGCACUGACAUAUCCAUCCUGGGUCAGAAGAGGAGGUUACAAAUCACACUUGAGUGGAUAAGGCUCAGCUCUCCUCUGUAUCACAGUCUUGAGAUGUUUUAUGGUGGAGUCAUUACCAGUCUUUGUUGAUCAAUAUUUAAGUGUCUAUAAGCUGAAAAACUACCCCUCUCCUAUUACGCACAUAUGCACUCUUUUGUCUCUCUCCCCACUCUGAGCUUAUUAAAAAAGCUCUACCCAGACUCAUGAGGAAAACAAUAUUAGGCUCUAAGUUAUCCCUAAGAUUCUGUUCCAAUUGCCUUAUAAUCUUAAGACAUGGUUCAUUGAAAAUGACAUAACUUGAGAGAUUAUUUACUCAGUCACAGCCAAGCCCUUGAUAAGUCUAUUUCAUUAUUUCAUUAAAUAUGGGGAAUUAAGAACAAACAAACAAGUGUGUUCUGCUUUGCUUUACUUCCAGAGGAAACUGGUCAUAAGACAACUGUGUCUUGAAAGACAACUAGGGAGGGAGUCAUCUCGUGGUCAUCUGAUAUGCAGUUGUCUUUGUUUUAGGACAUAAUAUUAAGAUGGGAAAAAAUCAAAAUUUUUAUUUAGAUAAAAAAAAACUAAAAAGAAAACAAUUUCUUCUUUUUACAAUUUGUGAAGCUUUGUGGACAACUGCCUUGUGCUUCUGUAUACUGUACUGUUGCAUUGUGAUGUUACAUUAAAAAUAAACUUGUAAGUAUAUGAGUGAGAUGUAAGUGGAGACAAACUGUUACACGUCAUCCUGAAAUAUGUCAGUAUCCAAAAAUAAGUGAAAUGAAAAAGAUUGCUCUAGCAGUGAGUAAUAUUUGAAUGUGCAUAUGGGAUAUGAGAAUUUCUUUUGCAGCAGUCGUUUUUAUGUUUGUUGGUCUGAACUUCAUGUAUUGUAAAAAUAUAGCUGGGUUGCUGAAGUGCCUGCAAAUCCUGAUGUGAGAAGGCUUGAGAAUGAAUCUCAGCAUAUUAUGUACAAAAAGAUAAGAAUGAAAGCAAGAAAGAAAAAUCAUGUAUUGCGUGAUUUUAAAAAUGCCUAUUUUUUUUACUGGCACAUUUUAUUUUUGCGCCAACUCGUUUCUAGAAUAUAUGUGAAAUAUCAGCACACAUAUCUGUGUCUUUUAUGCCUGUUUGUUAAUGGUUUUCGUUGUUAAUAAUGUACUCCAUGUUUAAAAGUUGUUACUAAUGUAAGCACAGUGACAUUGGAUGACAGUAGCUCUUUUACGCAGGAUUUCCAAAACUGUGUAAAACAGCUUUCCAUGUACAUAUGAAAUUUAGAAUAAAAGGGUGUUUCCAUU